AUGGCCGACCCCUUGAGCAUCGCCGCAAGCAUUGCGGGACUCCUAUCACUUGCGGACAUUGUCUGCCUGCGCUUGGCUAAGUAUGUCAAAUCAGUCAAGCAUGCCGAGAAAGAGAUCAGUGAUCUGCGCGACGAAGUCAAUCUAGUUGGAGGAACUAUCAACAUGCUGUCGCGAUUGGCAACCGCUCUCGAUGCGGAGGAUGGGCCUCCUAUUCAGGGCUUUCGAAUGCACCACAUUGAUGGCUGUGCAGCAAUCUUAUCCGAGAUUAUCAACAAGACGAAGAAGUAUGAAGACAGUUCAGGAGGAAAACUGAAAAAACUCUUAUGGCCGUACACAUCUUCGAAGACCAAGGAAAUGCUUGCAGACCUCUCUCGACACAAGGAAAAUAUGAACCUUGCGUUAUCGGCCACUUCAUUGGAAGCGUUACUGCGUUGUCUUGCGAAAGAAGAAGAGAGAGACCGGACGACGGCUGCAAUACUCGCUGAUGUUCAGAAGACCCGAGAAAUUGCGGUGCAGAUUCGCGAGGAUGCCCAGCGAGAGCGAGUCCUUGAAUUUUUCUUGAGAUAUAACCCGCAAUCAAAUUACGAGAUGAGUGUGAAGUUACGUCACCCAAGGACUGGAAUGUGGCUUGAACUUCAUUUGUCUUUUCAGCAAUGGCUUAGCAACCCAGGUUCCCGCCUCUGGUUGAGCGGCAUUCCCGGCGCUGGCAAAACGGUACUCGCAGGCUCAAUCAUUGGCCAUGCUCUUGCGAGAAGCUCAGAAACAGUUGCUGUAGGUUUCUUCUUCUGCGACUACAAGAAUGAGACGACACAAAGCCCUGUCAACAUUCUUGGGGCUUUGGCGUACCAACUGGCGAGACAGAGAGAGGAAGCGUUUUCGAUGCUCGAAGAGUAUUACACUGAACUCCAUCCAGAAACGGGACUCCCUCGGUCUCCCAGUACAGAAGACCUAGGGCGAACCAUUUUAAGGAUGGCUCAAGUAUUUGAACAUACCUAUAUAGUGGUUGACGGCCUGGAUGAAUGCGGAGACCACGCAGAGGAAGUUGUGGAGGCGCUUUGCGACAUUGCAGAAAAUUCGGACGAAUUAUCGAUGGCGCUACUUAGUCGCGACGAGGACAAUAUCCAACAACACCUGCGACAUCCCGAAAACAACUUCCAAAAUAUAGAAAUUGCAGCUCAUACGGAGGAUAUCACCGAGUAUCUGACGUCGGAAAUCGAACAGCGAAUGCGCAACAAGAAGCUGGGAUUCGAAGAUCUCUCUCUUAAAGAAGAGAUUCUGGAAAGCCUCGUCGCCGGGGCACACGGAAUGUUUCGCUGGGUUGCUUGUCAACUGGAUCACCUUGGACAUUGCAUAUCAGACGAGGAAUGUCGAGAAGCCCUGCAUCGUCUCCCACCUGACCUCCCAGAGACUUAUAUGCGCAUCUUGAGAAGAGUUCCCGAGGCGAAACAAACAUUCGUUCAUAUGACACUGCUUUUCAUUGCUUACGCUAAGCCAAGACUCGACACUGCGCAAUCGAGAGAGAUUCUCUCAAUACCAUCAACUAGUCGGUAUCUAAGCCCAUCUGUUAUCAUAAGGGAAGACGCAAUUGCCAGAUAUUGCAGCAGUCUCAUUCGAAAGUCAAACGACGGAAAUCGUUUUGAAUUCGCCCAUUUCUCGGUUCAAGAGUUUUUGAGAAGCAACAUCUUACAGUUGUCUGAUCUGGGAAUGUUUUACAUCUCCAAAUCCCACUGCGACAGGCUACUAGCAGUGCGGUGCUUGGAAUACCUUCAGCUUGACAACUUCAACCACCUACCGACAGCAACAAGUGAGGAACUCACCUACAUGAACCACAGGAGCCUCGAAUACAAACUCUACGAUUACGCCGCACAAUACUGGCUGUGUUUCGCUAGAAAAGAAUGGAUACAUUCUGAUUUACUAGCCGAGGCGAAACGGCUGUUCGAUCCGCGGAAAUCCACACACUUUACGUCACGGGCAACGACGUUAGUCUGGGAGAUUUGGGAUGGUACCGAAAAAUUCUCCAGUAUGGGAGAAACCGACAUAGUUGAUCUGAUGGCGGGAAUUAUUCAUGACAGCUUUCGACCACUGCACUUCGCGGCGACUUUGUCACUACCAGAGAUCUGUUCAUUCCUCCUACAGGCUUCGGCUCAUUGCGAGACCAAAUGUGUGUUUGGAACUCCGAUUGAGUGUGCUGUAAGCUGUCUGUACGGAGCUCUCGAGCAACUCUGGUUCAACGGUCCAGAAUUCUUCAUAUCGAUGUGGUUUGCAUUCUACACAGGAACGGACAUAUUCGAGACAUUCUAUACUAUUGAGACCGUAAAAGCGUUUCUGGACGUGGAUCUCCAAACACCAGAGGGUCUUCUAGGUGCUUCUCUAUGUGCCGGGAUCAGUGUACGAAACCUCUCGGUCGCUCAGUUACUCGUCGACGAAGGUUUUUUUGUUCCCACUCAAAGCGACUUGGACCGAUUUAAAGAAGAUAUGAGCAGCGUGGUUGAUUCUAAAGAAACUUAUUGGGGAGCUGACGGUCUGGCAUCACUUUGCCAAUUCUGCGAAGCACUUGGCUCCGGUAUUGAUAAUUCGCCUCUGAAUUUUGAACUUUGUCAGUCGGCGUGGGGAUUUUGCCUGCAGCUAACUACGGAUCUCUGUGAUAUCGAAGGCUAUAACAUCAGUUCUAAAGUUACAGAUGAUGCACAUAGCCUCUAGAUAUUGGCUUCGGAGGUGGUCCGCUGGAAGCUCGACAUCGCUGCGUUGCAAAGGGUGGUUGAUGAUCAACGAGUGAAUGUCUCAUCAAUUCUGAGUCCUGGUGAGGAAGAUGGGCUGCUGGAUUUGCUAGUCCGAGAAAAUUAUAGAGAAGAGAGAGAAGUAGAUGACGGCUGGGUUGCCCGGGCUGAGGACAUCUUGGACUUGCUGUUGAGCGCCGGCUGUAGCCUUUCCAAGCGCAACCGCGAUGGCCACACACCAUUGACGCUUGCAAUCAGUGAGGGGCAGAUUGAACUCGCCAAAGUCAUCUUGAAGAGGUGUGAAAAUGAACCGACGGCUUGGGAGUGCCAGACACCAAUACUGUUAUUGGUUGCUGAAUCAGGCUCCGAGGAGAUCUUGGACCUACUUCAAGGUAUGGGUCUAGAAGUUCACCUGGACGACUACGAACAGAAAACCCCAUUGCAUUGCUUAGA